AUAAGAAACAGUACGACCUUCUUCUGACUAUUCACUAACUAUAACCAGGCCUAUUUAAACCUCGGGCAGAAAAAAUAUCAUUUAACAUAAGUUAACAGAUACAUGAAAAAUUAACUCAACUAUGGCUUACAUACAAGAAGACGUCAAGAGGCGACACCAACUACAUUCAGACUAUCAGGGAGACUUCAACGAAGAUGACGACUAUGAAAAGGAAAAGAAGAUGAGACGAACUUUCGUUUUUCCCUUUACAAGAUUUAGUAUUAAGGGAAUAGUACUCUGGAUCAUAGGAUUAGCAGGGAUAAGCUUUCUUGUCAAGCUGAUUGUUUAUUCCCAGAAAGUAAACCACUGUAAAAGAGACAAUAUGCGAAGACUUGAAGACAUUCAUAGUGAAAGAAUUGAACACCUCCAAAGCAUGUGCGAAAAACAUGGCUUGUAUGAUUCAAACAAUAACGUCAACCGAGUUGAAUUGGCUGAACUUCUCGUAAACAAUGAACACAAACUCAUCAUAAGACCGGUCCAACAAAUAGGCAGCUCGUUCUGGAAAAGCAUUUUGGUGAUUCUCGACGGAAUUUAUACUGAUAAAAGUCCAUUUGAUAUAAAGAACACAGCAACUGCCAGUAGUUACUCUUUUGUCAGAUUAACUGACUAUCCAACUGAGGAAGCCAACAGAAUGCUGAGGGAAUACACAACAGUGAUGUUCACAAGGGACCCACUAUCAAGGAUAUACUCAGCAUAUCAGGAUCUGUUUGCCUCCAUCAACAUGAGAUAUUGGAAAACGUUUGGUGCCAACAUCAUCAACCUUGUUAGAGAAGAUGCUCAUGAGAGAUCAAAAAAGUGUGGUCAUGAUGUCACAUUUGAAGAGUUCAUUAAAUACAUAACUGAUGUCAGAUUCGAACCAUACAACGAAGACGCUCAUUGGUCACCUGUUGUUCAACAAACACAUCCCUGUCAAAUACAUUAUGAUGUCAUUGGCAAAGUGGAAACAUUUAUAGAUGACAUUCACUAUGUUCUAUGUAAGAUAGGAGCCUCCAAUAAAGUAGAUAUACCCGAAGAUUCGAAAGAGAGACUUUACAUGGCCAUUGAAAAAACACUGCGUAGUCAAGUUGGAGAGGAUUUAGAAGUCCACAAAUGUAUACCUAAAAAAUUUAUUAUUGAUAAACUUUUGAAAAGUAUUGUUGAUAAAGGUUAUGUUCCUGCUAUGCCACUCAUUAACCAUGCCUGGUCAAGAGGCUCAAUUGCAAGGCUUCUGAAAAAUGUCCUUUACAGAGUAGAUGACGAAGUGGUUAAAAAUAGUAUGGAAAGAAAACUAAAGGAAGCUUACGAAGGUAUACCUCCAUAUCUUCUGGACAAAUUAAAGUUUGUAUAUGAACAUGAUUUUGAAUUAUUUGGAUAUUGAGACCUUUUUGCAAAGAUGAAGUGAUACCCUGGACGUAUCUACGCCAGAAUAUACCCUGAUUUCGAUGUCUGGGCGUUGAUACUGUCCGUGAUUAUGGUUAACUAAGUAAUAGAAUAAUAUAUUGCAAAGAAUAUAUAGUGUUAUUAUAUAUUUGUAUUAAUACAGUUCCUAUUUUGCAUUACUCUAUGUAUAUAGUUCCAUUUAAAUAGUGAUCUCACAAAUAUUCAUACAAUUAUUUACAACGUUUUCCUACGUUCGAGAGAAUGAUUUAAAACAAAACAUUCAAAAUAUAAAAAACAGAUUUUUGAAACCUUAUAUGUUUAUUAGUAAAGUAAUGUUAGCGUUACUAUAUGGUGAUUCUGAUUAAAUAUAACAUACCUAUGAGUUG